AUGCCGGUGGGCAACGACAACCCGAACGACGGCCGCAACAUGCACAUCUCGAGCCUGAGCUACAAGACGACCGAGGGCGAGCUCGAGGAGAUGUUCUCCAAGUACGGCAAGAUCGCCAAGACGCAGAUCAUGUACGACCCGCACUCGCGCGAGCCGCGCGGCUUUGCCUUUGUGACGAUGGAGGAGGUUGACGAUGCAACGGCGGCCAUUGCGGCGCUUGAUGGCGCGGAGCUGCACGGCCGCAACAUCUCCGUCAAGCUGGCCCGUCGCGGACGCGGACGCACGCCCACGCCCGGCCGCUACUACGGACCGCCGAAGGCCAACGACCUGCCUCCUCGCGGCUACGGCGGCGGCUACGGCGGUGGCUACGGCGGUGGCUACGGCGGCCCGCCGGGCGGAGGCUACGGAGGCCCUCCUGGUGGAGGCUAUGGCGGUCCGCCGCGCGACUACGGUCCCCCUCGCGGCGGCGGCGGCUACGACCGUGGUCCGCCGCGCGAUUACCCGCCGCGCGACUACCCUCCGCGUGACUACCCGCCCCGUGGUCCGCCGGGCGGCGGCCGCGGUGGCUACGACGACCCGCCGCCGCCUCGUCAUGGCGGCUACGACGAUGCGCCGCCGCCGCGUCGCUACGACGACGCUCCGCCGCGCCGUGGUGGCUACGAUGACCCGCCGCCGCCGCGCCCGCGCUACUGA